GCAAAAGUCAAAACCAGCACUUCAAAAACCAAAUGUAACGGCUAGCCAUCGACUACUCCAAUUUGUUUCCCUAAAAACUUUCCUGACGACACCCAAAGUCCAGUUCCUCUUCCACCAUCUCUCUGAAAUCGGAAACCUCAAUUAGUUCUUGUUAUCUUCCGUGGCUUUGGGAUUCUUCAGGAUACGCAGUCAAUUUUCUGGGGUCUUCAAUAUUAUGGAGAUUUCGCCAGAAACGGACCAUUACAUUCGAGAAUCUAUAGAGCAUUCCCUGGGUCUCCCAGUGUCGACCCAAACUCUUCAAUCGAAGCUCCAAGCCUCCCAACAAUCACUCACCCUGCUCCGCAAUCAGUGCAUUUCGUUGCAAUCCAAACUCAAAGAAAAAGAUUGCAUCAUUGAACGCGCUAGGGCCGAGGCGAGUUUGAAUGCGGUAGGGCUGAAGAAGUUCGUGGAGGAGAAUCAGAAACUGGCUAUAGAGUGCUCGAAUUUGUUGGAACAGUGCAAGAGAUGGGAGAGGGAGUGCUCGUUAUAUGAUUGUGAUCGGGAGGCUUUGAUGGAUUUUGGGAAUGAGGCGGACCAGAGAGCCAAGGACGCAGAGUUACGUGUGAAGGAGUUAGAGAAGGAGGUAGAGAAGUUGGAGGAGGAAUUGCAGUUCUACAAGUUGGAAUCCCAACUGAUUGGUACUUCCAGAGAAGAAGCGUGUACCGGAAAAGGUUUGCUGGAGUCUUUGCUGUUAAGCACAAUGAGCCGAGAUGAAGUUCAAUCAAAAGCGCUUGCUUUUCUAGAGGCAAAUACGGAUGUUGAGGUUUGCCAAAUAUUGCUAAAGAGGUGGAAAAGAUUGAAUCCAUCAACACACCAUACGCUUGCAUUGGCAGCUGAAGUCCGAACAUUGCUGACAGAUAAGGAACACUUAUUAAUCAACCUUCAUAGAGCCGAAGAGGAGGUGAAACUUUUGGCUGAAGAAAAUAAUAUGCUGGAUGAAGAGAACAAGAGGCUAGUGCAACAGUAUCAGAAGGAGAAGCGUAAAUCUAGUUCUGAUGGAAAGAACACAAGUAGUACUUCUGCGAAGGGAAACAAAAGAAAAUCGUGUGCCAAGAUCAGCAGUCCAGUUGACAGAAAGAUUGACUUCAAUAGUGUUGUUGACUCGUCUAGGCUGCCCUUAUCACCUCUAAGAGAGAACUCGCCCGAGUGUAGAGCUUACAAGAAGUAGCAGAAAUUUGGUGAAUUUAAAAAACUCUAGCAUUUCCCCAACUCUUUGUGUAUCAAAAAUUAGUGUUUUCUGCUCAUCUUAAGUGUAAGUAAUUCAUGCUAGUUUUGACCGUCUAUAGCAAGUUAGGUUCACUUCAUUUACUUUUGUUUAGCCGAAGCGAAUCAAACAUGUUAGGGAAAACAGUCAAAUAGGUCCUCGAACUUUCAUAAAAAGAUCAAUUAAGUCCUUCUAUAGGAGGUUCUGUCCGGCCGUCGCGAUUUGGGGCAGUUCCCGGUGGAAUUUUUUGAUGAAAUUUUUUGAGCAUCUUACUCACCAAGUCUAGUUUACUCAUACCAAAUUUCAGCUAAAAAUUCAAUCGGGAACAAAUUCAAAUUAAUUCUUGAAGAUAACUGCGCAUUUUUGCGUUCUCGAAUUAAUUGGAAUGCGCUCCCGAUUGAAUUUUUAGCUGAAAUUUGGUAUGAGUAAACUAGACUUGAUGAAUAAGAUGCUCAAAAAAUUUCAUCAAAAAAUUCCAUCGGGAACUGCCCCAAAUCGCGACGACCGGACAGAGUCUCCUAUAGAAGGACUUAAUUGACUUUUUUAUGAAAGUUCGAGGACCUAUUUGACAGUUUUCCCAACAUGUUAUUUUAUUUCCUUCUUUUCAUUAUCCUUAUUUUUAUCCAAAGGGAAUUCCGUCCAAGAAUAACAAUUGUGCAUGUAUGCAACACAAUUUUUUUAAAAUGACUAUAGGGUUGUUACCCUAUGACUUCUU